CGGAGAGAGCAAGAGGCAAGAGUGGACAGUGAAGAAGGGGAUUGUUCGUUCCAUGCUUACCUAAUUGCGAUGUCUAUGGUUCGGCCUUCAGUUCACCCAAUCGAAGCCCCACCACUCACUGACCAUGCGAUGCCAAGGCAUACCUUGAAGGACAUACAGGGCAUGCCUGGCACGCUCGGUGGUUUCAUUUUGCGUUUUCUUCAGUUCUCCUUUGCUCUUGUUUCCCUCUCUGUCAUGCAGAGCGCCAGUGAUUUCUCUUCAGUCACCGCUUUCCGCUACUUAGUUGCUGCUGUCGGCCUGCAAAGCUUGUGGAGUCUCUCUUUGGCAUUUGCUGAUAUAUAUGCCAUUUUAGUAAGGCGUGGCUUCCGAAAUUCAAGAAUAGUGAGCUUAUUCUCUAUUGGUGAUGGGAUUACUUCAACACUAACAUUUUCUGCAGCCUGUGCUUCUGCUGGUAUUACAGUCCUUAUUGGCAAUGAUCUGAAUGAAUGUGCACAGAACCAUUGCAGCAGGUUUGAGACCGCGACAGCCAUGGCAUUUAUGAGUUGGUUUGCGGCUUCACCCUCAUUUAUUUUGAAUUUUUGGACGCUGGCCUCCAAAUAGAAGCAGCGAGAAAUGCUUUUAGCUAUAGGUAUGGCAUAAACUAUGGGGAUUGAUGGCCCUGACUGAUUGUUGCAAAUCAUAUUCAUGGGCCUUUUUUAAUCUUUUGAAAUAUUGCCACUCUUCAAGGCAUAAUCUUCAAAACUUUAGUUUUGUUUAUGAUUUUUUCAAACGAUGAUAUAAUACCUUUUCAAUUAAAUUAUGUCUGCAUGGCACGACAUGAAGUUAAGAAGUGCGAGUUACCUAAUGCUACAUAGCAAUAAUUCACGCUUGCCAAAAUUU